GGGAGGGCAUGGGGCAUGUUUCCUGGACGGACCAACAUGGCCGCGCUCGGGCGGGGGUCAGCUUUCCUCUGUUUGCUCCGGAGCAAUGUUCAGGUGCUGCGCAGGCGCGGCAAACCGGCGGGCUGCGCCUUGGCAAAAUGGAGGAGCGUGGCAACGUCGGUGGCGGCGCUGGGCGGCGGGCUGUGCGCCGUUCCCUUCGCUCAAGCGCCGAGCCUCACUCACGAGUCUCUGAUCAGGCGAGCGGCCUCGCUGGUGACGGACAGUUCCGCCACGUUCCUCUCGCAGACCACUUUAGCCCUCAUAGAUGCCAUCACGGAGUAUUCAAAGGCUGUGCACACGCUGCUCGAGCUCCAAAAACGUUACCUGGCCUCGCUGGGGCGUCUGAGCCAAACGGAGGAGGAGUCCAUCUGGCAGGUGAUGCUCGGCCAGCGCGCGGAGGUCAGCGACAGACAGGAGGAAUGCGAGCGUUUCGAGGCGUUGUGGAUCAGCGCCCUCCGCUUGGGCGAAACGGCAGCGGAAGCGGCGUAUGCUUCAGGGGCCGAGCAAGCGUCCGUCGCCAUGCGGAGCAACAUCGAGGUGGCCCGCUCCCAGGCGGAGGAGGCUCGCAAAUUCUCCCGCGACGCCGACAAGAAGCUGGCUGAGGCCAAAGCCCUGGAGAUCCGAGCCGGCGCCCAGCGCGCCGCCGCUCUGGAGAAGAGCGAGGAAGACGUGCCUGAAGCUUACCUCCGAGAGGACUGAGGAGGCCGCCGCUGCCACAAGUUGGAAGCAGGGAAUGGCCACUUGAGGUGACUGAGGCCCAAGUGGCAAAACCAGUGCGUGUCGCUGCAAAUCGGGGUUGCCUUGGUGGAGGUCUCUAGUGGAAAUUGACGAGGCUCUUCUUCAGCCCACGUUGUGGAGAUUGGGCGAGUUCUUUCUGUUGUGACAUUGGCCGGAGGUUUGCGAUAUUGCAAGUCGGUCUUGGACGUCGACUCUGCUGUGAGCUGUUUUUUUUGCACAACGUUGAAUAAAAGCGUCACGGAAUCUGA